AUGAGUCUGCACUCUCAGUUGAUUGCAAAUGGAAACGACAAUGUCCCUCUCCCCAAUGGGAUAACCACCUAUCCCACAGAAUGGGUGGUGCAGAAAUUUGGCGGAACAAGCGUGGGGAAGUUUGCCGUGGAAAUUGUGAACCGUGUGAUCUAUCCUAGUACCCUCACACAUCGCGUUGCGGUCGUCUGCUCUGCGUGGAGCAGUUCUUCCAAAGCGGAGGGAACCACGAAUCGACUACUUCGCGCAGCUAGAGAAGCGGGGAAAAAUGCAAAGUCCACCCAAUAUGUGUCCCUGGUCCAUGCCGUCCGUGAUGAACACAUCCAGGUCGCUAGUGACCUCCUUCAAAAUACCGAACUCAAGAACCAGCUGAUCCAGGAGAUCGAAGAAGAAUGCAGCCACAUACUCAAAAUCCUCGAAGCUGCCCAAACACUAGGGGAAAUAUCUAUCAGAUGCGUGGACAAGGUGAUUAGCACCGGCGAGAAGCUCAGCUGUCGCAUGAUGACCGCCCUGCUCCAUGAUCACGGUGUUGAUUCUGAAUACAUCGAUCUAUCAGACAUAGUCGAUUUUGCGAUAAACGUCCAAUCGCUCGAUCAAGCGUUCUACGACCGUCUUGCGGCCGCUCUAGGUGAAAAUAUAAAAGCAUGUGGGAGAAAAGUCCCGGUGAUCACGGGCUAUUUCGGGCCGGUGCCGGGAGGUUUGCUGGAAAAAGUUGGCCGAGGCUACACAGAUCUGUGCGCUGCUCUUGUGGCGGUGGGCGUCAGUGCCCACGAGCUUCAGGUCUGGAAGGAGGUGGACGGGAUUUUCACUGCUGAUCCACGAAAAGUACCCACAGCUCGACUCCUGCCGGCGAUCACUCCGGCAGAAGCUGCUGAAUUGACAUUCUACGGCUCUGAGGUCAUCCAUCCUUUCACCAUGGAGCAGGUGAUCAGAGCCAGAAUCCCCAUCCGGAUUAAAAACGUUAUGAAACCCCGGGGCAAGGGGACGGUGAUUUACCCAGACUCGAUUGCGGAGCUCGACGAGACGACACCGGGCCACAACCCCAAACUCUUCCGCACCCGGAGCUCCAGUACACUCUCCCAGCGUCAGGAGGGCCCCAAGCGACCAACUGCAGUAACAACCAAACACAAAAUUCUUGUUAUAAAUGUGCACUCGAACAAGCGGUCACUUUCCCACGGGUUUUUCGCGGGUAUCUUCUCCGUGCUAGAUAAGUGGCGUCUGUCCAUCGAUCUAAUAUCCACCAGCGAAGUGCACGUUUCGUUAGCGCUGCAUUCCGAACUACCUUUGCUAAACGGGGUCGGGCAGGAUGAGUACCAGAUAAUCGACGAAGAUCUCCGAGGCGCCAUCCAGGACCUCCGCCGGUAUGGCACGGUGGACAUCAUUCCGCAAAUGGCCAUUCUGAGCCUCGUGGGGAGACAUAUGAAGAACAUGGUUGGUAUUGCGGGGCGCAUGUUUUCCACCCUGGGGGAGCACAAUGUCAACAUCGAAAUGAUUUCACAGGGUGCUAGCGAAAUCAACAUAUCGUGCGUCAUCGAAGAGAGAGAUGCAGACCGCGCCCUCAACAUCCUCCAUACAAACCUCUUCACUUUCCUUGAUUGA